AUGGACAGCAUCUCGCAGUUGGCCCUCCAGCGUGGAGGCUAUGACUUCUCGAAUCACCAGAGAAACGUGCAUCUGUUGAUGGAGGCGGCGAAGCGGUGCCCGUCUGCUGCAGGUUCGCCGACGCCGCCCGGCCUGCCUCCUGCGCGCAAAACCGGCACCACGAUCUGCGGCGUGGUGUGCAAAGAUGGUGUCGUUUUAGGCGCCGACACGCGCGCGACAGAGGGCACAAUCGUCGCGGACAAAAACUGCAGUAAACUCCACAGAAUCGCCGACAACAUGUACGGGGCUGGCGCAGGCACUGCUGCAGAUCUCGAUCACAUGUGCGACUGGCUCGCCGUCCAGGUCGAGCUCCAUCGCCUCAACACCAAUGCGCAGCCUCGCGUCUCCAUGGCCGUCAGCGUCCUCAGCCAGGAACUCUUCAAGUACCAGGGAUACAAAGGCUGUGCAGUCGUUCUGGGCGGCGUCGACGUGAAAGGCCCGCACAUCUACAAAAUCCAUCCUCACGGCAGCACCGACUGCUCCAACUUCGCGGCAAUGGGCAGCGGCAGUUUGAACGCCAUGGCGGUCCUCGAGGCAGGCUACAAGGACAACAUGACGCUGGAGGAAGGGAAGGCGCUGGUCCGCGACGCGAUCAAGGCGGGCGUCCUGAACGACCUGGGCAGCGGCGGCAACAUCGAUCUGUGCGUCAUCACGCGCGAGGGCGCGCAGCACAUCCGCCAGUACGAGAAGCCCACGCAGCGGCCGUUCCAGGCGACGCGCCCCGAGUUCAAGAAGGGCACGACGCCCUUCCUUUUGGAGAAAAUUGAGCAGCUCAAGGACCGCCUCGAGUUCGUGCAGGAUGUCGAGAUGGUGGAGGCCUCCUAA